CUUGAAAAAUGGAAGGAGAAGUGAAGGAUGAAAUUGAUUUACCACCAGGAUUUCGAUUUCAUCCAAGUGAUGAAGAACUUAUAACAUAUUAUCUUAUGAACAAAAUUUCUGAUUCUAAUAAUUUUAUUGCAAGGGCUAUCGGAGAUGUUGAUUUAAACAAAUCUGAGCCAUGGGAUCUUCCAGGGAAGGCAAAAAUGGGAGAAAAAGAAUGGUAUUUUUUCAGCCUAAGAGAUAGAAAGUACCCAACAGGAGUGAGAACAAAUAGAGCAACAAAUAGUGGAUAUUGGAAGACUACUGGCAAAGACAGAGAGAUUUUCAGUAAUUCAGAAUUAGUUGGUAUGAAAAAAACAUUGGUAUUUUAUAAAGGAAGAGCACCAAGAGGUGAAAAAACCAAUUGGGUAAUGCAUGAAUAUAGAGUCCACUCCAAAUCAUCCUAUAGAACACACAAGCAAGAUGAAUGGGUUGUUUGCCGUGUAUUCCAAAAGAGUAAUGCUGGAGGAAAAAAGUACCCUUCUAAUAACAAUACUUCAAGAAUUCAUGUAAACCCUUACACUACACUUGAUCAAAUCAAUCCAAACACAAUAUGCAUUUCUUCACAAAUGAUGAUGCCACAAGCUCAUGAACAUAAUGCCAUUCAAUUAGCCAUGGGAAGACCAUCAUCAUCAUCAUCAAGUGCUUACAACAUGAUCAACCAUCCAGAAAUUCAAGAAUUCAAUAGGGUUUUUCAAGGCGUUUCAACAUCGUCAUCGUCUAACAUGAUGAACUUGCAUCCAAUUCUUCAAUCCCAAAUGAACUAUAACUUAAGUGGAGGUAAUGGUUUUACUAUUUCAGGCUUGAAUUUGAAUCUUGGUGGUGGUGCCACUACUUCUCAGCCAGUGCCGCCACCGCCACCACCGCAACAAGAUAUGAGUUCUUCUUCUCAUGUGAUGAUGACAACUCAUGAUGAUCAGGCCGGUUAUGGAGAAGAUAUGAGUAGUGGAAAUGGCAUGAAUAGAUUUAUGGUUAUGGAGAAUAGUGCUCAUGAUUUAGACAACUAUUGGGCUAAUUAUUGA